AUGUCCAAAGUCCGGUUCGCGAACCUCGAGCUCGACUGCUCUUACACGGGACCCCCUAUCAUGGAGCACGGAAUCGACUGGUACGUCGACGCGGACUUCGUCGAGAUGGGCGGCCACGUCAUCACCGAGUACAACCGCCUCCUCGGCUACCCCUACGUCGAGACCGUGUCGUACACGCGGUGCUCGUUGGAGCGCCCCGCCGCACUCGGCGAGUCGUACUACAUCAACCUGGACGAGAUCGCGAGCCCGACAUCGCUCCUUGGCUUCCUCGCUGCACCUCGCAGCCGCUACUCGUGUCGCGAGAUAUCGUUCGCGAACUGCGACGGCCUGAGCCCGGAGGUCCUGCACAUGCUCGCGAUGCCGCUGACGGAUAUGGACAUUUGGCUCAGCCCAAACAUUGCGGGGCUCAUCAUCGAAGGGUGCAAGCACUUCCGCAGCUCAGACUUGCGCAUUCUCAUCGAGGCGCGGCGCACGGUGCAUGAGGCGACUGGCUUCCUGCAGGAUUACGAUGUGGGGUACGUGGUGACCUCAAUCACAGAACUCGACGUACAGGACUGCUGCGAGCUCGCGCCGGAUGAUAGGGAAUGGUUCGACGCGAACGUCGAAAAUGUUCGCUGGGAUGAUUGGACAGGAGGGUAUGACUCAGGGUAUUGA